AUGACAAAUUAUGCCACAAAGUCAAAGCUUGCGGCUUUGACAAAUCAACAGUAUAGACUAGUAUGUGUGCUGUCAAAAGCAGUACUCCUUGUAAGGGAAGGGAAAGAAUAUUAUUUCUUGGUAUAUUCAUCAGAAGCUGGAGUCUGGAAGGAAUGUAUGGAUGUCGAUACUGAGGGAAUACAUUAUUACCAUUUCAAUCAAGGGGUCUAUUGGAAUGGUAAUCUUAAUUGGAAGACCUCAAACAGAUCUUUACUAUGUUUUGAUUUGGAGCAUGAUUGUGUUAGAAAAAUGAAAAUGGCAACAACUGACCAAUCAUCAAGCCCACCACCUCACACUCUGGUAAUUUUGUACUUCGGUGAAUCAGGAGGAAACUUGCAUCUAAUAGAUCAGUUUGAGCCUCAAGAUAGUUUUAUUCAUAUAAGGGAGCUCGAAUUGGAGUUGGGGUUAGGGAGAUACCAUUCAAGAUGGUUAUUGAAGCAUCAAGUUGAUAUUGGAUUUUUGACAGGAAGGUAUCCAUUAAUGGUGAAUAAGAGGUUUCCUGCUCAUAAUGGGAACCAAUUUGUAUUUAAGAUACCAUGUUUUCUUGUGGACAAGAAGGAAAACAAGGCAAAGAUGAUGAUCUCUUUACGAGGUAAAAUCAUUCUUCAUGAGAUCAAUGGUGGAAGUAUUGAAGAGCUUGUUGAAGUUGAGCCUGCUAAUCUUCAAUUUUUAGGGUAUUACAUGUCUCUUUACAGUUGGAAACAUGCAUUCAAGCAUUUUGAGACCCUAGCUUGUGCUUAA